AUGAGCGCUGCACUCUCCGGUUCAGAAAUGCGAGCCAUCGCCAAAGAGGCGUUUAUUUACGGCUGGCCUGUUUGUGAGAACUACAACACUCUCUACGCAUACAGCAUUGAUGUCGAGCAUCCAGAAUACAAGGCGCCUUUCAAUCAGAUACACAGCACUGCGCGGGUCUUCACGCCCGAGGACAAGGCAAUCAUAACUCCGAACUCCGACACGCCAUACUCCUUCGCCUGGCUGGAUCUACGUGCUGAACCGGUGGUGAUAACAGUCCCGGCCAUGGAGAAGGAUCGCUACUUUUCAUUUCAGAUGAUUGACAUGUACACACACAACUUCGACUACCUGGGCACUCGAUGCACUGGCAACUCCGGUGGAGUGUACAUGAUCACAGGCCCAGGGUGGAAGGGCGGCAGCUACAGUGGCGAGGGCCCACCUGCCAAGGUGGACAAGGUCCUUUCUUGCGAGACGCCCCUGGCUCUUGCCAUGGUUCGGACGCAGCUCAAGGGGCCCGGGGACCUCGAGAAGGUGAAGGCUAUCCAGGCUGGCUACGAGGUCACUCCUCUCAGCAGCUAUCUGGGAAAGCCCACUCCGGAAGCCAAGUCGGUGAAUUGGCCAAAGUCGGAUAAGGCCCUCACCAUGACUGUGAAAAUGUACGAAAUCCUGGAUUUCGUCCUAUCUCUGCUUCCGGUGCACGAGAGCGAGAGGGAACUUCGAGCUCGACUUCUAAAGCUCGGGAUCGGCUCGGGCGGGCUCCGCGUCUCGGAGCCUUGGCGCUCUGAAGUCUAG